ACCAACCACUUAGUUUCCAACUAACUCCAGCCGACAAAGUAGUUAAACAAGCUGAUGGCCGCUCUGAAUAUUUAGCCGAAUUAGCGGCCGAGAUUGCGGAAAUGGGUAAAUGCCAGGGAUGCGAAAUGCCCGAGUAUGUUAUUCACCAAGAAUACGAAGCAGGGGAUAUGAAAAGCCACUUAAUUUGCAGUGGUUGUCAAAAAAAGUGUGAUGAAGGAAUAUAUAAACACGAGAAUGAUUAUUAUUCUUUCCGUCAUCCCCG